AUGGAGGCGCCGGGGGUGACGACGCGGGCGGCGGCCAGGAAGCGGGCGCUGCCGCGGCCGGCGCUGGCGACCCCGGGGGCGCGGAAGGCGCGGCGGAGAAUCGAGGACAAGGAAGAGGCGGCGGUUUUCCGAGAGGUGGUCAGUUUUACCCCAGACCCUUUGCCAGUUAGAUAUUAUGACAAGGACACCGGCAGGCCCGUGAGCUUUUACCUGUCUUCGCUGGAGGAGCUCCUGGCAUGGACGCCCACCACCGCGGACAGCUUCAAUGUGGCCUCGAGGCCUCUCGAGAGCCGCCAGCCCCCUCUGAGCAGCCAGAGGCCCCGGACCUUACUGUGCCAUGACAUGAUGGGCGGAUACCUGGAUGACAGGUUCAUUCAGGGCUCCCCGGCGGCCAAGCCCUACUCCUUCUACCACUGGCAGUACAUUGACAUCUUCGUGUACUUCAGCCACCACAUGGUCACCAUCCCACCCGUGGGUUGGACCAACACUGCCCACUGUCAUGGGGUCUGCGUGCUGGGGACGUUCAUCACCGAGUGGAAGGAGGGCGGGCAGCUCUGUGAGGCCUUCCUGGCCGGGGACGAGCGCUCCUUCCGUGCCGUGGCGGAUCAGCUGGUCCGGAUCGCCCAGUUUUUCCGUUUUGACGGCUGGCUGAUCAACAUCGAGAACUCUCUGAGUCUGGCCGCAGUGGGGAACAUGCCCCACUUCCUCCAGUACCUGACCACUCAGCUGCACCAGCAUGUCCCGGGUGGGCUGGUGCUCUGGUACGACAGCGUGGUGGCCAACGGGCAGCUCAAGUGGCAGGACGAGCUGAACGAGCACAACAGGGUCUUCUUUGAGUCCUGCGACGGCUUCUUCACCAACUACAACUGGCGGGAGGAGCACCUGGCGAGGAUGCUGGAGCAGGCAGGCCAGCGCCGGGCUGAUGUGUACGUGGGCGUGGACGUGUUCGCCCGGGGGAACGUGGUCGGGGGCCGAUUCGACACCGACAAGUCGCUGGAGCUGAUCCGCAAGCACGGCUUCUCGGCAGCCCUGUUCGCGCCUGGCUGGGUGUACGAGUGCCUGGAGAAGAAGGAUUUCUUCCAGAACCAGGACAAGUUCUGGAGUUUGCUGGAGCCCUACCUGCCCACACACAGUGUCUGCUCCCUGCCCUUCAUCACCUCCUUCUGCUUGGGCAUGGGGACACGGAGAGUCUCCUAUGGCCAGGAGGAGGCGGUGGGGCCCUGGUACCACCUGAGUGCCCAGGAGAUCCAGCCCCUGUUUGGGGAGCACAGGCCGGAAGGGGGCGGCGAGGGCUGGGUGAAAACGCACUGCUGCCUGACGGACGCCUGGCACGGGGGCAGCUCCCUGCUCAUCCGGGGGCACAUGCCGCCCGAGGUCGCAGACGUGGCUGUGAGGCUGUUCUCCUUGCUCGUCCCAGUGCCGCCCAGAAUCUACCUGUCCAUGGUGUACAAGCUAGAGGGGCCUUCGGGUGUCAGGGUGGCUCUGGAGCUGACAACGGGGGAGGCGGGCAGCUGCCGCAUUGGUGACGCUUCGGAGUUGAAUGCACAAACCAAGCUCAGGCCCCGGCCCCUCCGGGUGCCCCCCACCAAGCUGGCCAGAUGGGUGGGCCGCUGUGGGCAGCCGCUCAGCGGGGGCUGGGUCCAACGCUGCUACGAGGUGAGCCUGCGCGGGUGCCUCCUGCGUGACCUCUUCGUGAGCUUCUCCCGGCGCGCGGGCAGCAGGGACGGAGAGGACUUUGUCUGCCGCCUGGGAGAGAUCCAGGUGGUGGGCGCCGACAGCCUGCUGACCCCUCUGGCCCAGGUGCAGGCCGUCACCGUCUCUCAGGUGGGCUGGCAGCGGGCUGUACCUGAGGGGGAGGCCCCCGCCGCAGGGCUGCGGCUCAGCUGCACCCUGCACUGGUCCUACCUGCUGCCCCUUGCCCGGUGCUUCCGGAUCCACUGCUGCGGUGGGGCGGGCGGCGCUCCGGGCCGGGGUCUGCCGGGGCCAGAGGAGCCCACGCUGCUGGGCCUGGCCUUCGUCAAUCAGUACCGCGUGGUGGACCUGGCGGUGGCGGCUGCUGUGCCCGGCCGGGACGGCCGCGUGGAGUUCCUGGUGGAGCCCGUCCCCAAGGAGGGGUUUCGGGUGCCCCGAGCCGAGUGGGGCCGGGCUGCCCUGGUCUACUCCGCACCUACCUGAGCGGACAUUAAAGCACGUGUCUCCUCGACUUGGCACUUGUGCGUCUUCGUGGGGGGCCUCCCUGCGGGCGGACACAGGACCCGGUCCCUGAGGCCUGGCUUUUGGUGAGAGGAGAAUCUGGAAGCCGGUUUCCUGUUUCUGUCUAGUCUCUCUCCGUGGUACAUAGUCCCCAGGAAAGAGGGAGGGGAUUGGGGCGCUUUAGCCCAGAAAACUCCCAUCAAGGGUAUUUCCCCAGAGGCUGAGGGGCUCAGACCUCCACGGCACCCUUUAUUCCUGCAGAAGGAACAGUCAGAAGCCAGCCUCAAUCGGGGCAGGGAGAGGCGUUUCCAGGGGUGAGGGCUGAGAUGGCAGAGGCCCCAUGGGGUUGGGGGCGCAGAGAGGGCCUGGGCCUGGAGACAGCAGCCCUGACCUGGCACUUGGAGAAGGGCCCCGCGGCUGUGCCUGUGAACUCUGAGGUACUUCUGGCUGUGGCACGGGUACAGCUGGCGCACACGCCAUGUGCCUUGGCUCCUCCUCCUGACAGGCAGCGGGAGGCCGGGCAGGGCCCAGGAAGGCACCCAGACGGGCGGGCGU